CAUGGGUGACAACGUAACUUCCUGCUCCAGCUGGAGGUCGUUUGGGAGUUAAUGUUACCUUUGCUGCUGUUCAUCUCGUCCAGGCGUAUAUUUUUGUAGUUGAAACUUUUAAAUGUUAUAAUGUCUCAAGCUUCCGCUGGGGUUGGUGGAUCACAUCAGAAUCCAGCAGGCAUGGCAUAUGUCCCAACAGAGGAGGAAAGGAGAGUCUUCAGAGAGUGUAACCAAGAGAGCUUCUGGUACAGGUCUCUACCUUUUUCUGCAAUGGGCAUGUUGGUUACACAAGGUUUGAUCUCCAGGGGAAUCUUCACGUCCUCGUCAAGGUUUGGCUCUAUUCCUAAAGUUGCGUUUGCUGGUGUUUGUGGGUACCUGGCUGGAAAGAUGUCCUACAUGAAGACAUGUCAGGAGAAGUUUAAAAAACUGGAGAAUUCCCCACUGGGAGAGGCUCUGCGCCAGGGACAUCGGACAUUUCCACCUCAAUUUGCCCCUGAGAAGUCCGAGUUUUCAGAUGCGGAAAAACCAGACUAUCAGUCUUCAUUUCAGUCUGUGCUUCAACCCCCUCCAACUUCCUCAAGCUACUCCGACGACUUCAGCUACACUGAUCGCUCUCUGUCCACAUAUGAGCCAGCCCAAUUCGGCUCUUCUCCUUCUGGAGCCGAGGACCUCAGUCCUCAAGCACCUGGCCUACAAAUAGAGGAUGAGACGCCAAAAAAGGCACCAAUAAUGUAUGAAGAGUUACGAAACAAAAACAGAGAGAACUACGAGGUGACAAUGACUCAGAAAGCUGAGGUGCUGCUCAAACCCCAGCAGGACAGAGCCCCUAAAACCGAAGUUAAGAAAAACAUGUAUGGAGAUACCUGGGAUGAAUAAGAGGACCAUCUGUUGAAGACUUUCAACAUUGAAUGCAGAUGCCUCUCCAGCAAGAUAAAAUGAAAAUGCUUUACAACGUAUAAUGGAAGUCAACAGCAUACAUAAUGUUGCGCCUGUACAAGCACUUAACUAUGCUGAUCCCAACAAUGAAGGGAUAUUCAAUGAUUUACAAAUUAAGAUGUAAAUCCUUCAAAUCUUAUAUUGAAAUAAAUAAAUAUUGAAAUAAUUCCAGAGGGGGUGUUGGGCACUAUUUCAGUAAAAGAUUUGCAGUUUAGAACACUUAACAAACAUUUCAAUAUCCCUUAAUUGUUUGGAGUAGUGUACGUUGUUUAACAAACAUUUCAUUUUUGUCUGUGACAAAGUCAAGUCAACUUUGUUUGAGUCUAGCCAAGAGGCUUAGUUGUACAUGCUCACAUAAAAUGUAUUCUUUGCUGAGAACUUCUGAACAGUUUUUUUUUUUUUAAAGAUUACUUCAAUCAAAAGGCAUACGGAAAAAAUGUAUCAUUGAUUGCUACUGUGUACGUCCAGUGGCACACUACACACAGGAUAUAUAUAUCAUCUAAAAUGUAAAUCCAAAGCAAUUUCAGUAUGCUGGAAUUGUAUGUUUCUAAAUGUGUUGAGCAUUACAUCAUAUAUUUUUUUUCUUUCUGGUAUGCUUGAGGAAAUGGUUUAAUUAUUUGCUUAUGCUUUAAGACACAUUAAAACGCAAAGUGAUUCUAUAUUA